AUGGGAGGAGGAAGAGCUAUGGCGACGGCGGCGAAGGUGGCUGGAAUCGGAGUCGCGAAAGGAGGAUUCAGGGGAGGAUUCGGAUUCGCGGCGGCGGCGCCUUCUCCGGCGAGUGAGCAGUUUAUGGUCAAAAGCACCGCCGUUCCUAAGCCGGUAUCGGCUUCGAUUUCAUCGGUGGCUCAUCCUUCCGUCGAAGACGACUCGAUGAUUAUGCAUAGACCGGUUUGGGACGAUUGGGAAUUCGCCGAAGAGGAGCCAAUUCCUAGGGUUGUUUUCAGCAAACCUCCUUCUCUCCAAGAGGCAAAAGAAGCAACCGAAGAUCUGAAAGAGGCUAUCAAUAUGGUGUAUAUCAAAUCUCCAAUGGAAAAUUCAAAUGAUCUUGGUUCUGUUUCCAAGAUGCACUCAAGUUUUCAAUCUUCUGAGAACAGAGCUAUUGAAUCAGCUGUUCCACAAGUUGCUCUUCAGGCAUUUGCUUUUCUUAGUGAAAACACUGCUGCGCAGACUGUUGUUGCUUCCAUUGCAUCUGACCCAAAGGUUUGGGAUGCUGUAAUGGAAAACAAGGAUCUCAUGAAAUUUCUCGAGAUCAAAAAUACUGUUGCUUCCUCUCAAGGUGAAGCUGAUAAUGACGAUCAAUCCGAAGAUUCAAGCACGACUCAGACUGAAGUCUGUGAAGCAAAGCCGAUUGAACUCUUGGAGAUUCUGCAAGACAUGAAGCUAAAAGCUGUUCGAUUGAUGGAGAAUGUCUCUUCGUACUUUGGGGGUUUGUUUGGGUUAGGAUCAGUUACAGAAGAAGAUGGAGAAGACAAGAGGACGUUUUUCAACGACCCUCGUUCUCUGUUUGGAUUAGCCGUGGUCGUCAUCUUCAUGGUAGUUUUGAAACGUUCUUAA